GGUACAGGUAACCCAGCAUCUGGCUGGCGUCACCACCACUCAUUGUGCCCGGUGGACCUCUAUUUUAGAGUCAGAUUACUGCUUCGAUUUCCAAGUUUCCAACCAUGGCGUCCACGGACGAUAAGCUCCACGUCGUCAUGCUCCCAUGGCUGGCCUUCGGCCACUUCCUUCCUUUCUUAGAGCUCUCCAAGCUCAUCGCCCGCAAGGGUCACCGGAUCUCCUUCCUCUCCACUCCCAGAAACAUAGACCGCCUCCCCAAGCCGCCGGCAGAGCUUUCCCAUCUCAUCACUUUCGUCAAGCUCCCUCUGCCGCCAGUGGAGAAUCUCCCGGAAGAUGCAGAGGCCACCACCGACUUGCCCUACGGGAAGAUCAAGUACCUGAAGAAGGCCUACGAUGAACUCCAGCGACCCGUCGCAGCGUUUCUGCAAGACGCCGCGCCCGACUGGGUCAUCUUCGAUUUUGCGCCGUUUUGGCUGGGGCCUAUCGCCGCAAAACUCGGGAUCUCGAGUGCGUUCUUCAGUAUAUACCUGGCUUCCUCGGUUUGCUUCAUGAAUCCGAUCCCGGGAACGGCCGAAGACUGUCGUACGACGCCGGAGGACUUCACCGUUCCGCCCAAAUCGGCCCCCUUCAAAUCCACCGUCGCAUUUCGUUUGUUCGAGGUAAAGCGCAUCUUCGACGACGUCAGCGGAGAGGAUGACCUUGUUCCAGUUCGUUAUCGCGUCGGAGCCGGCAUCGAAGGCUGCGACCUGGUGGUGUUGAGAAGCUGUUACGAGUUCGAAUCUGAAUGGAUAACCUUCCUCGGACAGAUUCACUCGAAACCGGUGAUUCCCGUCGGCCUGCUUCCUCCACCGGUACCCAUGGGCGACGACGGGAAAGACAAAGGAUGGCAAACGAUCAAACACUGGCUCGACACGAAGCCUCCAGGCUCAGUGGUCUACGUCGCGUUCGGGACCGAGGCAAAGCUGAGUCAACCCGAACUCGCCGAGUUAGCUCUGGGCCUGGAGCUAUCGGAGUUGCCAUUCUUCUGGGUUCUGAAUUCGCAGGGAGGCGGCGUCUCCGAGUUGCCGGAGGGGUUCGAGGAGAGAACCAAGGGGCGUGGGGUGGUGUGGAGGAGUUGGGCGCCGCAGAUGAAGAUACUGAGUCACGACUCGGUGGGUGGAUUCCUGUGCCACUCGGGGUGGAGCUCGGUGGUGGAAGCGGUUCAGUUGGGAAAGCCGCUGGUUCUGUUGACGGGGCUGUCGGAUACGGGGCUGGUGGCUAGGGUUUUGGAGGAGAAGAAGAUGGCCUACUCGGUGCCCAGAGACGAGCGAGACGGCUGGUUCACCAGAGACUCGGUGGCCGACUCACUCAGGCUGGUGAUGGUUGCAGGAGGAGGACAAAUUUUCAAGGACAAGGUCCAGGAAAUGAAGCGUCUGUUUGGGGACAGAGUUUUACAAGACCAAUAUGUGGAUAACUUGUUGGCCCACUUUAAGGCCCAUACAAGGCGAGCUUCUGGUUCUGGACGAUCAACUCUUCAUAUAAAUGAGAAGACAAAAAAGAACCCAACUUGAACAUGGUGCACGACGGCCAUUGAAUCAGAAUGAAUUUCAAGAGAUCGAGCCCCAUUGCAUUGCUCCUGUCAUCAAUGUAAGUUAAUUUGAAGAACUUACGUUGAUAUGAAUUUCAAGAGAUCGAGCCCCAUUGCUUUUGCUACAAGUAUAAAACUUCAUAAAUUGAACUAUAUGUUAUUUGUAAUAGAGUUUGUAUAUCAUAAUGCACACUCAUUUUAAUCCUAUCGAACACUUUAUUAAAUUAAAAAAUAUAAGAAUAUUUAUGAGUUGACAAUGA